UCAGAAAGGGCGGGACGCAGAAAGGCAAAACAAAUAGUAAGACAUGAAUCCCGGGGACAGUUCAUCUAGACCUCGGCGAAAUCAAAUGGAAAGACAACGAAGAAUACGGAUGAGAGCUCUUGUUUCCCAGCUUGCCUCUCUCAUACCUAACACGGAGGAGACACUGUCAUUACCUGCUUUGUUGGAUGAAGCCACUUCUCACGUAAAGCGACUGAAACACCAUCUGGAAGAACUGAGGAAAAGGAGGGAACAACUCCAAGUCCAAGGUGAUGAUACUGCCAUGGAAGGCCCGAGUGGUGGUCUGACGUUGCCAGUACUUGCCAUAACAGAUAUGGGUUCAGUUUUGGAGGUCAAUUUGAUAACUGGGGCGAAUAAGAGCUGCAUGUUUUAUGAAAUUUUCAGCGUUCUUCAAGAAGAAGGUGCUCAAGUUGUCAGUGCUAGCUGCUCAACUGUGGGUGCCAGGAUCUUCUAUUCGAUUUAUUCUAAGGCUUUAUAUGCAAGAAUUGGCAUAUGUACUUCAAGAAUAACAGAAAGAUUGCAGAAUCUGGUGCAUCAUUUUGCUUAGCAUGACUUGAUUGAAACCGAGAUGGGCACAAGAUGAUCAAAAAUGUUAGGGAUGGCUCCGCCGAUGUGGAUCAAAUAAAAGUUAUAUGCACUUUAUAUUAUUGCAGUCUAGACAAACAGAAAAAGAAAAAAAAAACUCAGUUUUGGUGAAUGUUACAGAUAUUUUCUGCUAAUUUGUUGGCCAUUAAUUUGGUGUUAUUUUUCUUGUACUUUUAUCCUAG